AUGGAUUUAGAAGCAAAACUGAAGAAGGGCAUAGAGCUAAAGACUGCUGGAAAUAAGGCAUUCAGUAGUAAUGAUAUAAAAGGAGCUCUUACGAAUUACCACCAGGCCUUGUUGUACUUGUUAGGAACAGAUAACAUCCAGGAGGCAAUGGGAUCACAAACUAUCAAGGAGGACCCCGUCAAACUGGAAAUAAAGCAACAGACCGCAGCUUGCUACAGCAACUUGGCUGCAUGUCUGAUUAAGGAUGAAAAGUGGCCAAAGGUGAUCGACUACUGCAAAAAGGCACUCGCAUUGGAGCCACAAAACAAAAAGGCAAACUUCAGAAUUGCACAGGCAUAUCUGAGGACGGGUAAGAUUGAACUGGCACAAGAGAAGUUGCAGGAAUUGGCAAAGUCGGACCCAGGAGAUGCUGCUGUUAAGCGCGAGUUGGCUCUACUAAAGGAAAAAGAUAAAAUUGCGACAGUAAAAGAGAAGAAAAUUUACAAGAAUAUGUUCGAGAGGAUGUCAAAAGAACCCGAAAAUUAA